AUGUAUGAAGACUCGUGGUAUACGAUGAUGCCCGAUCUGGGCACCAGUAAAAAGAGUCAAUCCAAUAGCAGUCCUGGACAUCGUCGCAAAGAGUCCUUGCUACAACAGCCCAACGAAACGACCCAAAUACACGAAAUCCCGGCGCCAAUGCCCAAUGUAUAUGAAGAAAUUGAAGAUACCGAUACUCCACCAGAACCGACUGUCAUUCGCCGCGCCAACUCAUACUCUGACUUCUAUCGUGUGGUCAAGGAGCAGCUGUCCAAGGAUACGAGACCACGCCCGGAAAAGACGGACAAGAAGAGCAGAGCAUGGGAAGCUUUGUUUCUUCCCGACUCUAGCAAUGACAUCGAUGCGCAUGAGCCGAGCGCCUUUGAAUCAUUUGACGAGCAAUUGCUAGAUGCUAGUCAACAACAAUACCUACUGUAUCGCGACCAGCUCGCACUAACAGAGCGCCACCUGGACGGACUUAUCGAUGAUGCAAACGCGACUCUUAAACUUCUCACAUCUCUGUCAAACUCAUUCGGUUCCGUCGAGGCGCAAACAUCAACUUUCCAAUCACAAUGCGAGGAACUUUUGACAGAACAAAGGAGGCUAGAAGAGCUGGCCAAUGAAGUUGGAACCGACCUUCAUUACUACGCCUACCUUGACAAUGCGACAAGACGUCUCAAUGCGCCGGGCGCCAGUCGAUUGGUUGAUGAUGCAUCGUUCGGAGAGAUGGCUGAGAACAUUGACUCUUGUAUUGUGUUUAUGGAGGAACAUCCCUCGUACCGCGAUCGUGACACUUACCUUGCCCGAUACACUGCUCUGCUCACAAAGGCUCUGCAUCUUCUCGAGCACGGUUACAAGACCACGAUAGAAAAGGUGUCUCCUGAAAUUGGACGACAAAUCAUCGCCACGAAAUCCGAGUCUGCUCGCCAUGCACUUGCAUAUGGACGCUUCCAAGAGAUGAUGCUGGACUCUUACGGCCUGAUUCCCAACGUUCACCAAACGGUGCGUCGAGCGUACGACUCAUAUGGCCAGCGGAACGAGUCCUGCACACAUUUUGAGACGUAUGCGAACACAGCUAAUAACAUCAUCCACAACCAUUUAACGACAAGAGACCGGGACCUCAAGGUAUUGACGCAAUCUGAUAUUGCGGAGUUCAACAAAGAGGUCAAGGACCUGUCAGCCGAGACAGCGUCACGUAACUUUAUCAAGCAAUGCUUUGAGCGCAUGUACAACGAAGAGAAUCUCUUCAUGAAACUGUUUGGUGUGGAGCCUGUCUGGACACAAGCGUCUGAUUCCGUUUUCCAGGCCAUCAAGGCCAUCAACACCACUAUUGCCCAUCCCGGUAACUUGACACCACUAGUGACCAAUCUUCAAACAGUACUUCAAGCUGCGCCGCUAGAAAUAACCUGCAAUGUCGUAGGCUUGCUUGCGAACGAAUAUUUCGGUACUGACUUGGACGACAUGGAGUCGCCAUACUUUCUCAAGUGUAAACAAUACACUUCACAGCUCCUCGCGCAUCACCUGUGGCCUUUGACAGACACCGUAUUUGAGGCAGAAGUAACAAAAACAAUUGCAAAGGCUCCUCUCCAAGACGCUUCUUUAAAGAUAGGCCCUGUCGUGGGCGGAGUGGCAUCGUCAAACGCUCAUCCUCUAGUGAAGCAGGCUAUAAAACUCCUGAGUAUGUACGAGAAUUGCAUGCCAAAGGAGAGAUCGUCGAAAAAUAGUUCAGUUGUCUUCAACAUUGUGCGAGAUACUAUUCAAGUACUCCAACGCGCAGAAUCAAGAAUACAGUCGUUGAAGGCUGGUACAGAUCCUGACCUCUUCAUGGUCAAGAACUUGCUUAUCAUCAAGAACGAGCUGGUGUCACUCGAGAUUGGUGAUAUCAGAAACCACGGUGCUUCAAUGCAGCACUUUGUCCAUAUUUGGGAUACACUAAGUCCUCAAAACUGGGUUGGGUUCUUUUCAAAUAUUAUCGGGGGUGGUCUCUGGUCUCGAGGCACGCCGUCAGUGACAGCCAAGACGCUAACAGUCGAGGAUAUGAAUGAGCAACUGGACGAGCUGUUGCGCCAGUCAAUCUACAAUUUCACACAUCGAUGGGGUUCUCUUAUGAACGAUUCUCAGAACAGGAAGCCUGGCGUGAAGCCAAUUGCCAAGGUAGAGGCCGAAUUAGAAAGUUUGCUCAUGACUGCAUUCAGCAAUCAACCUGAAGUAGUCGGGAAGCUCAAGGAGGCCAUUGAGCAGCAUGCGCAAGCGCAGAACGAUGCAAAAGAUGAGAAGCAAGGAGCCAAGCGAUACUGA